CGUGCGACGCAAACAUGCCUCUAACUAAGACUUUGACAGCGCAAACUCUCUUCGAUGGUCAUUAACCCCGUCGUCCCGGUAAACGGCUUAAGGUAUAAAGGGUUGCGUCGCUCAUCCCGUCCGAUUACUUUGUUGAGAAAUCUCGACACACUAUGGAAGUGACGCACUUACUCAUCGUGUAUCUUCUCGUUGCUCUAAGCGUGCGCGAAUCGCACGGAAACGUCGAAGCCGGGGUCACCGAACAGGAAGGCAUCAGCGAGGAUCAGCAGAAGGUGCAUGACGAAUGCCGGAAUCCGGACUACAAGAAAUAUCUCAAGUGUUUAAUGAGGCCGAAGAGGCAUCAUCAUAGCGGCCACGGGCUGUCGGAAAAUGAUCCCACUCAUUGUUUGGAAACGUGUCUAAAAAAAUGUGACUACCAUUCGGAACAUGACAAUUGCGAGAAAAAGUGCAGUCAUUGCACGAAAACCAAGCACAGGCAUCAGAUCAUUACGGAAUAUGAGACGGAAUGCGUAUCGGGAAAUUGCGGUCCGGCCAAUGACGGGCUAAGAACUACCAAUAUAACAACAAACAUCGACAUCAAUAAUAUCAUUAAUACUUUUGGCAAUGGUACCAUAAACGGUGGACCUCAUGGAGGACCCGAUACGUUUGGUAGACCGGGUACGCCUGGUACACCGGGUACACCCGGUACACCAGGUACACCAGGUAAACCAGGUACACCAGGUAAACCAGGUACACCAGGUACACCAGGUACACCCGGAGGUGGCGGUAAUGAAGGUAAUGGUGGUAUUUCAAUCACGAGUACAUCAGGAAGAGACUGUUUGAGCUGUUCAUCUCGCUAUCCAUCGAUUCCUAUAAUACCUCAGAUUUCGUUGGUACCACAAAUCACGUACGGUGUAGGAUUCGGAGCUGCAGGCGGAUGCGCGCAAAAUCAGUGGCUUUGCAUCCAACAAAGCGGCGCUAAGGAAGCACAGCCUGACUGCUCCGGAUGCGGCAAUCCGAUCUUACGAUACAGAUGCGAUGUAAGUUGUUACACAACUUACGCCGGCACGCCGAAUAAAAUUAAUACACUGCCUUGUACUAGUCCGGAUUGCGUUGGGGGUUUGAUAUAAUUAUGCUGGAUUCUUUGAAAGCAGUUGCAAUGUGAUUGAAAAAUUAUCAUAAUUGUUCGAGUUUUUUUAUUGUGUGUCAAUAUCUUGAUAAAAAAUUGCUUGUAAUUAACCAUAGAACGUAGCUCUAGAUUUUUUCAAGUAAUCUCCUACUUGCUGAAAUAAUGUAACGAUCAGUUUCUCAACAUUAGCUUAUGAAAUAAAGGCAACGUUACUUUUCUUUUGCAAAGA